UUAAAGGUGAAGUGUCCGCGCGCACAGGUGAGCGGAAAAGAAGAGCGCGCGUGCAAACAGAGCGGCUGAUAAACAGAGAGACAAACUGACUGGUAUUCACCUCUAAACACCGCGAGCGGCGUCACCUCUACAGUGAGAGGAGAGAGAGAGAGAGAGAGAGAGAGAGAGAGAGAGAGAGAGAGAGGGGAUGAGUGUGGCGGUGAGCAGUAACGUUCAGGAGGAAUAUGAGGACGACUUUGAGAAAGAUCUGGACUGGCUGAUCAGCGAGGAGAGUAAGAGUGAGGAGCAGGAGGAUGAAGACAUUGAAGCUCAGAUAGACAGAGAGUUAGAAGAGGAUGAGGAGAGAGUGAGGGAGGCUGACGAAGGGCGGAGUGAGGGGGUCGCAGAGGAUGAUGGAGAAGAAGAAAGAUGGCCAACGCCCAUGGAGCCGCUGGAGGACUCUGAUGUUGCUGCGACGCAGGCUGAGGAUGAUGACGAGGAAGAAAAGAAAAUGAUGCUGCAGAAGAUCGAACAGGCCAACAGGCAGCUGCAGGAUCAGGAGGUUCCUGACCAGACGCGCCGCAGACGGCUGCAGUUCAAAGACACGUUGGUGGACUUGGUAGUGCCAGCUCAGGACUACAGCUCAAACAGUCUGCAGAGCGCCCCCUAUGGGGACUCCAGUCCUGUGCCGGGGGUGGACCCUGAAGUGGACGGCGACGUGUCCGGUCAGAUGCUGAAGCUGAGGAUCUCUCCGCAGGAGGAGAGCCAGGGAGUGGAUGUAGGGAGAGAGGGAGCGAGAGAGGGACGAGUACUGGUGGAGAAGGAUGGAAAGUUUGACCUGGUCAGUCUAAGAGAGGUGGAGAGCCAGGGCCUGCUCCCGCCUCUGCCUGUUUCCCAUAGCGACGGUCCUCGGGGAUCCCCACGACUCGAAACCAGCAAAAGCCCCUCUUCUUCCCCGAAACCUGCGGCUCCUGAACCCCUACAUGUCCCCAAACCUCCAUCACGGCCCCGAGCGCGGCCAAACUCAGCCAGCCAUACGUACAGAACAGCAGGCAGGCCGGGCAGCAAGCGCAGGGUCCAGUCCGCUAACGGAGCUCCGACACACGCCACCUUCACCCUCUCACCACAGCAGAAAGAGCUACUGACCAAACAGCAGCAGAAGAGAGAGAGAAUGGCCAGAGAGGAGGAGGAGCGGAGGCGUGAGGAAGAGGAGCAGAAGCGUCAGGCCAAUGAACUGGCCUUCCGGGCGUGGUUGCUGAAGAAGAGGCAGCAGCUGCAGGAUGAGAGGAGAGUGCACAGAGCUCAGGAGAUGGAGAAGAUGAGCUGCAAGAGGGAGUGCUGCGAUCCAGAGGAGGCAUUUAAGCUGUGGUUGCAGAGGAAGCAUGAGCAGCAGCUGAAGGAGAAGCAGCUGGAGGAGAUGAAGAGGCUGGAGCAAGAGAGCAGCAUCUACAUCCACCGUCCAGAGGAGUCCGAGAAAGCCUUCAGACUGUGGUUGAGGAGGAAGCGGGUGGAGAAGCGGGCGGAGCAGCAGGCCGCUCGUGAGCGUUCCAGGAGGCUGGUGUUCGAAGAGCGGCGGGCCAGGCGCAUGCGGGACCUCCUCUGCACCGUCAAUGAGAUCCAGUCCUUCCGCUUCACCGACCCUUACAGCUACAGAUUCUGAACUACUCCUGUACUGCAAUCACCAUGGCUACCAUAACUCAACUCCUUCAAUACCGCUGUCACCACAGCUACCAUAAUUGAGCCCCCCAGUUCUGCAUGAACCAUGGCUACAACAGCUGAGCCCUUCUGGUUCCACAGUUACCACCACUACCAAAACUGAGCUCCUCCAGUUCCGCAGUCAUGACAGCUACCAUAACUGAGCUCCUUCAGUUCAGGGAUCACCAUGGCUAUGACAGCUGAGCCCUUCUGGUUCCACAGUCGCCACUGCUACUAUAACUGAGCACCUGAAGUUCCACAGUCGCUACAGGUACCGUAACUGAGCUCCUCCAGUUCCACAGUCAUCAUGACUACCAUAACUGAGAUCCGCAGUCACCACGGCUACUGUAACUGAGCUCCUCUAGUUCUGCACUAACCAUGGCUAC